CACGGAAACAACCAUCCAAACAGUGGGUAAUAAUUCCAACCUCCUCUGUACCUUCCCGCAUUCCUAUUUCGAUCCCAAGUAACAACAGAGGCUAUCCACACUCCACAAUCUGCCAGAUUUGUGAAACCCAUUUUUCUACUUGUACUAGAUAAUCAUUGGGCGGAUUACAUCAACAGAAGAGUAAAAGAGAUUUCGAGUUUUUUUUUUGUUGAUCAGGCGACAACCAGAUUUAAACUGGGGAAAAAAGGAUUUCCAGAGAAGUGAACACCCAUUCAGUUAUACGGGCAACAUCAUUUACAUAGACAUCCACAGUGAUUGGCACUGCUUCUUUUUGUAUGGGGUACUAAUUUAUUGUUAUUCCCUGUUAAUAUGAGAAUAAAAGGGUAAAUCAAGUAGCUGUAAAUAUGGGUAUGGCGAAAUAUAGUUGUGGGGCAUUGGCUAAUACUCAGAAACAGCAUUUCUUGUUUAGCUGUUGGUCAAGGCGACCCAUCUCAUGUACCACACUUUGUGGGUUAAUGUUGUUUGCCUUAGGAUUGAUAUCUCUCUUUACCGGACACGUGGCGUCCAAUCUUGAGUUGUACUCUCACAGUUUCGGCAGAGGUGCUUGGUUCUACAAACAGGAUGGAGGUACGCCAAUUGAUAUUUGGAAGUCAAGGUAUUCAACUUCUUACUAUGGAUGCAGUGAGAGAGGCCCUCGUUUUGCUUCUGCUGUGAGUGUGCGUUCUUCAAAUGGAUAUCUACUUAUUGCAACUAGCGGAGGACUCAACCAACAAAGGACUGGAAUAACUGAUGCUGUAGUUGUUGCGCGAAUUCUUAACGCCACUUUAGUUGUACCUGAGUUGGAUCAUAAUUCAUUUUGGAAGGAUGAUAGUGAUUUUGUCAACAUCUUUGAUGUUAAAUGGUUCAUCUCUUACCUUGCAAAGGAUGUCACUGUUGUUAAAAGAGUUCCAGAGAAGGUCAUGAGGUCAAUGGGAAAACCUCCAUAUACCAUGCGUGUUCCUAGAAAAUCAGAACCUGAAUAUUACUUGGACCAAGUAUUGCCAGUACUCUUAAGGAGGCGUGUUCUUCAGUUGACAAAAUUUGAUUAUCGGCUUGCUAAUGACCUUGAUGAAGAGCUACAAAAGUUACGUUGCCGUGUGAAUUAUCAUGCAUUAAGAUUCACUAAGCCCAUAAGGAAUUUUGGUCAGAAACUUGUAGUGCGUAUGCGAAAGAUGGCAAGACGUUUCAUUGCAGUUCAUUUGAGGUUUGAACCUGAUAUGCUAGCAUUUUCCGGGUGCUAUUACGGCGGGGGUGAUAAGGAAAGAUACGAAUUGGGUGAGAUAAGAAAAAGAUGGGCUACUUUACCUGAGCUGAGCCCCGAUGAAGAGCGAACACGAGGAAGAUGCCCCCUGACACCCCAUGAAGUUGGGCUUAUGCUGCGGGCACUUGGCUUCAAAAAUGACACAUACCUUUAUGUUGCAUCUGGUGAAGUAUAUGGUGGAGAAAAAACUCUGCAGCCUCUAAAAGAGCUGUUUCCAAACUUCUAUACCAAAGAGAUAGUUGCUGGUGAUGAGCUGAAACCUUUUCUUCCCUACUCUUCUCGUCUUGCAGCAAUUGACUACAUUGUAUGUGAUGAAAGUGAUGUCUUUGUCACCAACAAUAAUGGGAACAUGGCUAAGAUCCUUGCUGGUAGUAGGAGGUACAUGGGGCACAAGAGGACUAUCAGACCAAAUGCCAAAAGACUCAGUGCUUUAUUCAUGGCUCGAAAUAAGAUGGACUGGGACACAUUCUCUAGAAAGGUUAAAUCAUGCCAAAGUGGAUUCAUGGGAGAACCUGAGGAAAUGAGACCGGGACGUGGAGAGUUUCAUGAAUUUCCAUCCUCGUGUAUCUGUAAGACACCAUUCAAUCAUUCAAAUUUCAUAGACAAAUACAACAAUCAUACUUCCGGUGGGAAUCCAACUCUCCCGGAUUCAAGAUAUAGGUACAUACACAAUAGCAGUGACCUUGAUGAGAAGAGCUUGCAAAAACUGUAUUAGUAGAGGAAAUUUGACAGGACAUAUGACUGUAUUAGAAGAGACCCCCUGGGCCCGGGGAAUUGGUUCAGUGGUAAAGACGCAACACGUGAUGUGUGGGUUAAAUGCACAUCAUGGUCUCAUGGACACGGACCAUGCCAUGCAAAAAACCUAGUAUUUAUAUUGGGAGGAGGGUAGAGGGGAAGGGAGUAUAAGACCUGUGCGCGAAGUGGAGUCAGGCCAGAAUUUUUGUGUUAGAGAGACUGAGCAUGAUAAUCCUUAAUCUGACUAUAUGAGUUACUCGGGGAAGUGUUGUACCAUUGUCAUAUUGACGUUGUAUGCGGGUGCCUUCGUUUGGCAGAACUUGAGGGGCUGAAGCCCUGCACUUGACACUGUCAAUUGUCAAGAUAUGUUUUUUGGUUCACCGCUGUUUUUUCUAGAAAGCGGAUUCUGAUGUGCUACAAUUGUUAAUAUACUUUUCUGUAAGAUAUGUAUACAGCAAAGAAGAGAAAGAAAAAGAAACUGUGAUCUCCUCCAUUGAUAAUAAAUCUUAUUCUCUGCAGUUA